AUGGAUGGGUAUUCCCAACAAGCCAUGACGGAUCGAUGCAUGGAAGAUUAUGGUUGGAACUCAUUGCUGUUGGAAUCCUCAUCCUCAUCCUCAUCAUCAUCGACAACAGCAAUAAUACAAACCGAACGAGCCGAAAUGAUGGCACACUUGUAUUCCAAUCCCGAACUGUACCAGUACACCAGUAUGGUGGCCUUUGCCGAACAUUAUGUAUUACCAUCAUCAUCGCCAUCAUCAUCGUCAUCAUCAUCAUCAAAGCCGUUGCAGACAUUUCUACAACAACAAAAGGCAAAACAACCAUUUGAGGAUCCCAUUUUUGCCGGUGUCGUAUGGGAUGAUUGGCAAAUGAUUGGUGACAAUGACCAUUACGCAAACCAUAAUAAGAAGGAAAACAAUAAGUUGUCCCAAUUUCGCCAAGCUGGAAUGGAUUAUGUUCGCAUCCACUGCAAUUUAUUGGGAUCAUCUCCUUCUACAAGUACAAUUAGUACAAGUUCUAGUACUACUAGUACGAUGAGUAUUAGUAAUAAGAGCCUUGUUGUUGAUUGUCAACCACUAUUGGAGUGUCUGGCUCGUGCUGCCCAACAAUGUCAAGCUCAUGAAUUGGUGCCCCUCCUCUUGGUUCAAGUACCCUGGCGGGAGGAUAGUAGGGAGAAUGGUGAUGGUGAUGACAAUGAUAAUGGCAACAACAAUGAUAUAUCAUUCCAGUAUUUUGACCAAGCCAUGAAUGGAUUGGCAAAGGCGUUGAAGGACCAACAAGUGGAUUGUUCCAAACUAUUAUUGGAAACGAGACCGCCCAUUGGCAUAUCGGCCAUGGAGGAACGCAACUUGAGUACAGCAGAACGAAUCGAGUUGGGCUUUCAAGUUGGCAAACAAAUGUUUUCCGUCUUGGACCAUGUAUUUGCUGAAUCAAAUACUGAUGAGGCUGAUAAUGAUGAUUCUACAGGAAAAACAGCACCAACACUAUUGGGAUUUUGUGUGGCGGGUGGAUCCACCAAGGGUAUCAAUCCUCCGGCCAUGGAGGAUGAUACACAAAAUGCCGUCCGACAAGGAAUCCGGCAGUCCGCAUCGAAGGCAUGGGGACACACCACCACCAUGCUUUGUUGUUAUUGGGAAAUGGGUGCCAAGUUAAUGCUAACACCACAAGUGGGACAAUUGUGGGGAAGUGGUGAUAAGGAUGCCGCACGAGAAUUGUUUGUUCAAAAUGCCAAGGCCAUGGCCGAGGAAAUAGUACAAUCAAAGCACCAAGAGUAG